AUGGCAACUACCUACAACAGGCUGCUUGAUUCACUCCCUUCUAUUGGGCAUUGGUGCUCCGGCCGAGAAUCGAAACUGUUUGUCGUUGUCGAAGACUGGUUUGACCGUCGAGAGGAUGUCUUGGAGCUUCAGGGCACAUAUCGAAAAAGUGGCAUCCAAGCCUUCUUCAUCGAACCAUUUGACAGGACACAUUCCACAUCACAGUCUCACUUCAUGGUAUUGACUCGGAUGGUUGAGGAAAGUGGCCCAGAAACAGAAUGGUUUGGGCUUCUUGACGAUGACACUUUCUACCCUCAUUUGGCACCGCUUUCCGAUGCACUUGGAGCCUUCGAUCAUACCCAAGACAUGUAUGUUGGUGGUUUGGCCGAAGACUUUGGAUCAAUCCAGAAUUUUGGAAUCAUGGCUUACGGUGGAGCUGGCGCAUAUCUCUCUGCAGCUCUGGCGAAGAAACUCGGUACUGUGGACCAGGCCGUUCAAUGCCUCCAGGAGUCUCCUCCGAAUUUAGGGGACAUCAUCAUUCGCGACUGUGUAUACCACCACAGUAGAGCGAGAAUGACAGUAUUGCCAGGCUUUUACCAACAUGACCUCCUCGGUGACCUACGCGGCUUCUUCGAGUCUGGCGUGGAUCCGCUCAACUUACAUCACUGGAAGAGCUGGUACCAUGCACCAGUUGUAGAAAUGGCUACUGCAACAAAAUUUUGCGGAAACUGUUUCCUCCAGCGAUGGCGCUUCGGGAACGAUACGAUACUAUCCAAUGGUUAUUCCGUUAGUGUAUACUCCGAAGGAUUAGAUACGAUCGACCUCAGCAAAAUGGAACACACCUGGGGUAAAUUAUACGGUGACCAAGAUCCUCGCUAUGAUUAUAUCCUUGGCUCACUGCGCGAUAUGGUGAGCGAAGACCGGCGCAAGACCUACUAUCUCAAAGAUACGGAGAUCAGCGGUGAUACCAUGAGACAGCUCUAUCUACGAAAGGGGGACCAUCGUUCCGGGGAACUUGACGAGGUAGUGGAGCUGAUCUGGAGGAAAUGA